AUGAAGCCCUCACAUAUCGCACUGUCGCAGAUUCCCAAGAAGAUAGGCUCGAUAGCGGUCAUUGGAGCAGGUCCAGUGGGUGCUGGGCUCACCAAGGCGCUCAUCCAUGAAAACCAAUUUGAAAGGAUCAAAGUCUUUGAGAAAAGAAGCUCUUUUGGUGGAGUCUGGAACUACACCAAGCCUCUGUUCAAAUCGAAAAAAGUCACAUCUUGUCCCACAGUGCCGUGCGAGACUCCGCAUGCGAAAAGUGAGCCGCACUUGCACGAUGAGCACGGCCUGGUGUUUCAAACCGCCGUUUACAAAUAUCUGGACACUAAUGUGCCCAAGUUCCUGAUGGAAUACGAAAGCCAUCCUUUCCCCAGCACUGCUCCACUUUUCCCGCUGCGGGAGCAGGUCUGGGACUACAUCGUUGGCUACUCCAAAGCCAUCGAAAACCUGGUCAGCUUCAACCACGAGGUCGUCAAGCUCAACUACAAUGACGAGGACCAGAACUAUUCGGUUACCACCAAAGACCUGGUCACAGGUGAAUCCCAGACCGAAAACUUUGAUGCGGUGGCCAUCGCAACUGGUUUCUACGAUCUGCCUUUUCUGCCAGACCGGGAUGGUCUGAAAGAAUGGCACGAAAUAUACCCCACCUCUGUGUCCCACGCCAAGGAUUUUGACUGUCCCGAAGACUUCAAAGACGUUGAAGGCGAGAUAAUCGUGGUAGGGAACAGUGCGUCGGGUUCGGAUCUGGCAUUCGAGCUCGCAACGCACUUGCAAAAAACGGUGUACAAAUCCAAAAGAUCCGAAUCCCCGCUGCCUUCUGGUUUCGAUCCCCGCAUCCGUGAGGUGGCCGACAUUCUUAGAUUUGACUCCCAGACCAAGACAGUGGUGCUGGUAAAUGGUGAAAAGAUCCAGAACGUGGAAAAGGUUAUCUUUUGUACCGGUUACUUGAAGUCUCUACCAUUCUUACCCAAAGCUUCAGAAGCGCAUUCCAAGGGCGACGCCAUUCUGAGUUCGUUGAUUACUGACGGUUCUCACUUGCACCGUCUUUACAAUCACAUAUUGCCCUACGACCUUCCCACUAUUGGUAUUAUCGGUUUGCCAAGGUUUGUGCUUCCCACCCGCUUGAGCGAGACUCAGGGUGCUUGGCUUGCCAGAGUCUGGAGUGGCCGUAUCGAGCUUCCGUCCAUGGAAGUUAUGAAAUACUACGACCAGUGGUUCCUAGAUACCAACGGUGACAAUGGGAAAUAUCACGAUUUGGUUUUCCCAAUGGACGUUCAAUACUCGCAAAGGCUCAAUCGCCAGAUCUCCGCGGCCGGAAAAGACGGUUAUUUUGGCGUCGAGUGGACUAGCGACCAAAUCAGGAUCAGAAGCUCUAUCAAGCCUAUAAAAGAAGGUUACUUAGCAUACAUGAAGGACACUGGCAAGAGAGCCAUGAAUAUUGAGGAAUUGAUCGACCAAGGCUAUUUCGAGUGGCCUGCAGACGCUCUAACUAGUGUUCAGGUACCACAAGCUGUCCCAUAG